CAUCGGAGUAGACACGUUGCUGCUCUUUUCUGUGGUGUUUCCUGAUGUCAAUAUGAAGUAGUACACAGCAUGUUUGUUGAGAUCUUCUCCCGAGUUUUCGGGUUGGCCCUUGUGUUCGGACUAGCUUCAGCCAACCUCGUGAGGCUUGCACCGAGAACCGAGUAUGUGUACGACUACACGGCCCAGUCACGGCUGGGAGAUAUCGCCCUGCUGGUCACCAAGGCGAAGGUACACGUUCGAGUGUUGAAUGUUUCUGCCGAUGAUCAUCUCUGUCAGCUGUACAUUGAGAGAUUUUCUCAGCAUGCAAAUGGGCGAAAUGAUCAUUCAAGACAUUGGGACACAUCUGGAUGGUUUUCGUUCCUGAUGUCUCGCCAUGGCGAGGUUACUGAGGUCUUCCACCCGCCUGACGAAGACCUCGAGGUUCUCAACAUCAAGAAGGCGCUGAUAGGAACGUUGUCUGCGAGGCUUCAUGCAAGUGACAAGGUUCUUGAGAAGCGCCAGACUUGGCUGUACCAACUGAAUGAAACCGGACAUGAAGGUUCAACCCAAGAGCUGGUUUACCAGGAGAUCCAGAAAAACACAAACAGUUUCAGGGAGACUCAGUCGCCGAAGCUGCCUGAACUUGACCUUGCGCAGAUAAAGGAUGUCAUCUUCGGGAAUAUAACAUGUGUGAGGAGUCACAGCAGGAGAGAAGAAUCAAAGCAAAGACGGCAGUGUUUCCUUCAGCUUGUCGAUCUAAUGGACCGGUUGUCGGAGAAUGACCUUGGUGUCUUGGUACAUCAGUAUGUUAAGGUCAACUACUCAAACUCCAUUGAAGAGGACAACUGUAACAUCAUGGUGGACACCCUGGGUACCCUCGGUACUGAAGCAGCACAGCGGCUCCUGACUAAGACUGUUCUACAGGCCAGGGGAGCUCCAGCAAAACUCAUCCAGCGUAUGCUCAUCAGUUUUGUCAGCAUGACCACCCCGCCUGUCAUGGAUUUUGUAAGAGCUCUUGAGGACCUGUGCUUCGCAAGAAACAUCGAGUAUGAAGAUCCUAAGGAUGAAUGGUUAGUCCACAACACGGCUGUUCUCAUACUGGGAGUUGUCGCCGACCGACUUGGGGAAACGGAUAAGGUGACAGCAAAAAGCCUUGUUGGAAAACUGGAGGACAGCCUAGGGAUCCAUGAUCCUUGGCAUCACCGGCAACUGCGUUCCACCUUAACUGCUGACGAACUAGGCAAACAUUACCACGGUAAAGCUACACUCCUGGAGUCUCUCGGGAAUGCUGGGUUUGACAGCUCGUUUGACCACCUCCUGAGUUACGUAAACAACACAGACAGUCCACCACUGCUGCGGAGAAGUGCGCUGAAUGCAAUCAGGAAGUUUGACCACCGCGAGGCCGCGAGUCUUCUCCUGGACAGCGCGUUGUUUGAUGAGGAGGAGCACGUCCGCUAUCACGCCGCUCUUCAGUACCAGAGACAUCCCAAGGCACUCAACCUUCUGGAGAUCAAACAGAACUUAGCAAACGGGUCUAUCAACAUCGACCAUUACCUUGAUGAUGUGAUAGGAAAACUGGAUGCCAUGUCAGGGAAUUCUCGGCAUCGCAGAGGUUUUGAGAAAAUAUUUGAUGAUUUCUCUUUUGAUCAAAUACUGGAGCUGAUCAACGUCUGGUUUCGGGACGUCCCAGCAGUAAUCAAAGACAUCAAGGACACAAUAGACACAUUUCAGCGUCUGUUCGAUAAUAUGGCCGACACCACAGCGGAAAAUUUCUUUCAAAGCAUCAUUGACACGAUUAUGAAUUUUCCAGAGAUUGUAGAGGGCAUAGCAAGACAAGCAGUUGAAACGUUGGAAAAGGUUGCGGCUUACGACAACUUACCCAGUUUCAUUGAAGAGGCGAAACAAGUCAUCCUCAGAGUCAACGCUCUGUUUACUGAAGUCAAGAAUGCCGCCAAAGAUCUUUUCAAUGGUAUUGCUGACUCAGCCAUCAUCAUACUGCCCAGGGCAGUCCAGGAUAUCUGGGAUGGCGUGAUGUCGAUUGUGGAAGAAGUUCCUAAACUCAUCAAGUCCCCACAGACAGCUAUUGCGAACAUCGCCAAAGCUGUUUACAACAUCUAUAAAGCGGUAAUGACGCUGAUUAACAUGAAGGAUCUAUCCGACGAAGUAUUCCUCUUCAAGGAAGGGAAACAAUCUUUCCUGUUCGAGGUCGGCACAGAAAUACAAGGGUUGUUAAACGACUUCAUGCAUGUGUGGGAGCUGUUUAAGAGGGAGGCUCCGGAAUGGAUAGAAGGGUUGGGACAGCAUACCGAGAGGGUGUUUGGCGACAUGAAAUCUGCUAAGAAUGAAGUAGUCAGCGAGAUUAAUAAAGCAUUGGGACAACUUAAGUCCCCAAUUGAAGAGAUCCGUAAGAUCGCCGGUCCUGUUCUGGAGGCCUACAAUGCGACAAUGAGCACCAUCAAGUCUGUAAAGAAGUGUUUCAAGUCAUUGGAGGAAGGGUUCGAAACUGCACGAGAACUCAUACAUAAAAUCUUUGGACCAAAAGCGUCUUCAGACUUCCCGAAAAAGAAACUAGAUCCUGAAGUAUGUGGAGGUGGCCUGUACCCCAGUGUCGGAGUCGGCUCAAAGAAGUACGAACACCAGGGCAUCGACUUAAUACUACCUGCAGGCGAGGAGCAAUGCCUGGAUGCCUGUAAGUUACCAAAGAGCAUGACGGACGAACAAUUGCGGUUUGAGCUGAAAAAGUUAGGAAGGGAGACAACCGGGCCCCGUGAUGCUCUUCUUCGGAGAUAUUCAGCCUCUGACACAGGAUGCCCUGACAUUUCUGAGAAGCUCAACAAGCUCGAUUCCAUACACUGCCGUAUGCAAGAUAAUUGUCUCGGUCUCAGCUGCUGCCUGUCCAUCUCCGUACCGCCGUUCAACCUCUUCAGCGUCAGGGCUUCUGUGAGCCUGGAUCCCUGCACCAUGAUUCUGACGAUGGAACUUGGACCGAUGAAGGAGACAAAAAACCUGUCCCCGCAUGGAUUUGUGAACCUGAUGGAGAUGACUUUGGCACAAUUGGGGAAAGAAAUAUUUUUCUUCCGUCCCGGCAGCUGUCUUUCUGAUCUGAAUUUUCCUGAUCUGGAUUUUCCUGAUCUGGAUUUUCCUAUUCUGGAUUUUAGCGCACUAUCUAGGGAAUUUUCCAUUAUUAUCAACUCAAUCAGAGAAGCUGUUAAACCUCUGCUGUUCGACUUGAUGUCAGACAUGAAGGACUUGGGGAUAGAGCUGGGCAUGGCUGACGGUUACUUGACGGGGACAUUUCCUAUGGGACCAUGGGACAAAACGUUCUUCAAUGUCAAAGUUCAGUUCAUGGUUGGACCGAUUCCUAUGUACCUGGGCUUUGGAGCUGGUGGAAGUCUCGGCGUUAAAUUGGAGGCUGGAGUAUCUCUGAUGAAAAUGACAGCCUAUGGCCAAGUAACCCCACAAGUCGGUGCCAUUGUUAGUGCAAGUCUCGGUGUCUGGUUGCUGCUCCUGAGUGCAGAGCUGCGGUUAGAUGGACAUGUCCUGACAACUGACUUUCCAACAAGGGCAGAAAUUGGAUUCAGCAAGUUUCCGAUGACUAUCGGUGCACGGAUGGAUAUGGUCAUGAUUCCACUACGACUGGAACUCCGUGGGCUUUUAGUAAGUGAAAUCCCCUUCCUCCCACCUGUUACGUUACUCAACAUCCUGAUGUGGCAUUAUGAGACGCCUCCUGUCACAGCGAACAUCUUCAACACAGGUCUUCCAGAGCGAGACCUUUCUCCACCUACUUUUAGGAACUUCAAAUUAGACGCAGCAACUUCCGUUGGGAGGAGGGCCGCCAUCACCACACGUUGUGAAGUCCAGCAGCUCGCAGGUAGAGACGUUGUAGAACCCGCCUUUCAGCUGGAGGUCGCCGCCGAAGAUGACGAGAGCCAGGUGAAGCUGACGUACGAUGUCGGGACGUACAGGGGUGGACAUGACGUAGUGAGGAAUGAAGCACUUGGAGGACCGUCAAAUGUCAUUUUUAAGAAAAUGAAAGGAGGUGUGCCGCUCUAUUUCACCGUCACGGGGACAAACUCUGGCGGAGGAACCGCCAAGAUCACCUGUGAACUGCCCACUUAUGACGUCACCUUACCUGGAGGGCGGGUUACCCCUGACUUCCUGAGCACAAGUCAUCCCAGCAUCCUCCGCGCGUCAGCUUUGGCUCACGACGAUUCCGCCAUUCUUCUUAAACGAGAAGGUGUUGGAUAUGGCAGGAAAGUGUACGGAGACCAGGUUGUGCAGUGGCAUGACGUCAGUACAACCGUGAACACGGCUGUGAGUGCUGCCGGGUCUGCUUUACAGAGUUUCACAGGUGGAAGGACGGGACGAGUGAUCUCCACUCCGGUUGCUAGUUUGAGGGUAGACAUUCCACAGCAGUGCGCCAUGGAGUGUAUGAAACAUCCACCGGCUAAAUGUCUCAGCUUCAACUAUGAUUACGGACACGGAACGUGUGAACUGCUGGAGGAGAUAGAGGGGCAUGGCGUGAAGAUGCACGAGGUUGGUCACUUCCACAAUUUCGAACGACUUGGUGUCGGUCAUGCUGUGGAGUUCAAACAUGAAGACCUGCAGCUGACGCAUGAUGUACUAUACUACUUCAACUUGUAUCUUAACAAUGCGCUAGGGUACGUCAACAUCCUGACGUCCCGCGGAGUUCUGGCAGACUUCACCCCUCCCAGCCCCGGCCCACUACAGAACGUCAUCAUGGACGUGUUGAUGCCAGAGGCGUGUGAGGACUUCGUCCUGGAUCACUGGGAACAGUUCAGGUGUGGAGAACAGACGCCCCUGCCUAACCACAGAUGGAUGGUAGACGGAGAGGGAUCCCGCACUGUGUUCAAUGGACACGAGCCACUGGUGGACAUGCGGUACACUCGCGCUAACAGAUAUGUGUCAGCAAACUGGGAUGGUUUCCAUGACAACGAGACCGGUCUCCAUGGUUACUCCUGGACCUCUGGGAGAACCCCUUGUGACCAGAGUGUGCAUCCCCACAUAGACCCGCAUGCGCACCUGUUCGACGUGUCAGAAUGGACGCAUGAAGGUCUGGCGAGUCCGCUGGAUCUAGCAGACGGAGUGUAUCAUAUCACAGUUCGGGCAAUCAACAAUGUUGAGUUCGGCGGUGCCAUGGCAACGACAGUGUGUCACACCACGCCCUACAUUAUAGACAACACACCGCCAUUCGUGCAUCACGUCCACAGUGUGCAGUAUGACGAAAAAGACUUUACCAUUUCAGCCGAGUAUAACGUCAGUGAUCCCCUUUCCGACAUCCGGGAGAUUGACUUUGGGCUCGGACGGAGCAAGCGUGACGUACACAUGAUGGACUGGUAUCGUCAUGGCAACACAACUCACACGUCUGUCAACUUCCACAUACCUGAUGGGAUACCUGCAUGGGUCAAAGUUAGGGCUAUUAACAACGUUGAUCUGAGAGAGACCGGCCAUGCAGACCGACCUGUACUGGUUGAUACGUCACCACCCAUUGCCGGGGUCCUGUAUGACGGCAGCGUUCAUGGACAUGACCUGAACUUCACCUCUGACCCCAACACGAUAUGUGCAAACUGGAAGGACUUUCAUGACGAGGAGAGUGGUCUGAGUCAUUACCUGUGGGGAGUGGGCACGGUACCUGGAACAGACGACAUGGUCCCUCUGACUGAGUACCCUCACACGGCGUCUCAGGCAUGCGCAGACGUACAACUGGUCCACAACACCACGUACUACUCCAUACUGUCGGCAGUAAACAACGGGCACGACCACCUGAACAUCUCAAGGUCGUCAGAUGGAGUCCUGUUUGACGCCACGCCACCCGUGGAAGGCACAUUACGAGACGGUUUGGAGCCGGACUCAGACCUGGAGUUCUCGUCCGAACCUUCCACCGUGUCCGCCAACUGGGACGGCUACAGAGAUCCGGAGUCAGGGAUAGGAGACUAUGCCGUGACGGUACAGAGAACAUCUUCCACAGAAGUUGAUCUGAGAGAGACCGGCCAUGCAGACCGACCCGUGCUGGUUGAUACGUCACCACCCAUUGCCGGGCUCCUGUAUGACGGCAGCAUUCACGGACAUGACCUGAACUUCACCUCUGACCCCAACACGAUAUGUGCAAACUGGAAGGACUUCCAUGACGAGGAGAGUGGUCUGAGUCAUUACCUGUGGGGAGUGGGUACGGUACCUGGAACAGACGACAUGGUCCCUCUGACGGAGUACCCUCACACGGCGUCUCAGGCAUGCGCAGACGUACAACUGGUCCACAACACCACGUACUACUCCGUACUGGCGGCAGUCAACAACGGACAUGACCACUUAAACAUCUCAAGGUCGUCAGAUGGAGUCCUGUUUGACGCCACGCCACCCGUGGAAGGCACAUUACGAGACGGUUUGGAGCCGGACUCAGACCUGGAGUUCUCGUCCGAACCUUCCACCGUGUCCGCCAACUGGGACGGCUACAGAGAUCCGGAGUCAGGGAUAGGAGACUAUGCCGUGACGGUGCAGAGAACAUCUUCCUCAGAAGGAAACAGGACACAUCCUUCUGAAAUCAUUCAUGAGAAAACAUCAGUAGGGCCUGACGUCACACAUAUCAACUGGCACAAGUUCCAUCUGCAUCAUGGAGAUCACGUGUCUGUUCAACUUGAGGUGACCAAUCAGGCUAUGGAUUCCACUGUGACGUCAUCUGAUGGGUUUAUCAUGGACAUGACCAAGCCUGUGAUGGUUCACCUGGGAGAUGGAGCGGAGCCAGGAGAGGACAGGGCGUUUUCGGCUGAUUCAUCACGCAUAUCUGCCAACUGGAUAUUUGAAGACACCGAGUCUGGUAUUGAUACGUACGUGGUUACUGUGUUCAGAAAAACUGCUGGGGCAAAAAGGCAAAUUUAUCCUGAAAGGGGAGAAAGUGUUGAAAUUGAUGGUGGGCUUAACACAUGGACAUCACCCGCUCAUCUGAAUCUGGUCGAUGGUGGGCAGUACUUUGUACGUGUCGCUGCGGUCAACGGAGCCGGGGCAGCGACAGUUCACGAGACCGACGGUGUGAUCGUGGACACCAGUCCGCCAGAUAUGAUAAAUGUGAAGAUCGGAGUGACAGCUGGUGAGCCUGAGGAGCUGGAGGACGGCUAUGUUCUCCACACAGACCUACAGGGCAUACAGGCGGCCUGGCUGGCUACUGACUCUGAGAGCGGGGUGGUGUCGUAUUGGGUGGCUGUAGGGACUACAUCAGGUGCCGAUGAUAUCAGUGGUUACCGGAAUCUCGGCUCUGAAAGGGACGGUUACGUCGGGAAUCUUAAUCUUCAACUGACUAACAAAACAACCAACUCACCUGUCUACUAUCUAACGGUAAAGGCUGAAAAUGCUGCCGGAGGCUUUUCACGGAACAUCACGUCGAGUCCUAUAAAGGUAGUCCGUGCAGACCAGGUGGGGACAGUGACAGACGGCUGGGAGACGUGGACUACUGUAGAACAGGCCGUGACUGUGGAUGUCGACUAUCAGAGAGAGGCAUCAACUGUCACAGUCCAGUUCAGCGGGUUUGAGAGUGAGCAGCACGGCAUCGUUCAUUACGAGUGGUCGGUCGGGACGGAGCCGAGACUGGACGAUGUACAGCCGUACACAGCAGCGGGGGUUGUGCUGUCGGACCAUACUGAUAACCCUGGAGGAGGUCUCAGUAGCCAUGGCCAUGCCCAGUCCCUCCUGCCCCUAACUCCCGGAGUGCAGUACUACGCCACAGUCCGGGCUGUCACGGGUGCCGGGAACGUGCUGGACUUCUCUACAGACGGGUUCACAGUGGACAUCACCCCGCCCGUCAUACAGAUAGACAGCGUCGGCGUACAGAUCGGAAACAACUCCUUCCAACUGGACUGGGAACGUUCUCAUUACCAGAAGUCAGCCGAUUCUAUAAGUGCGAACUGGCAUAUCAUCGAAUCGAAGGACGCCGUGGCCUACUCGUGGUUCUGCUAUGGUAGUUACCCCGGUGCCUGUGACAUCUAUCCAGUCACAAACACUACAGACAUGUGGGUGCCCAACUCCCUGGUGAAACCAAUGAGACAUGGCGCACCAAAUAUCCUCACCGUUUCAUCAAUGAAUGUGGUUGGCCUGUGGGGCCAGGCUGUCUCCGGCAGCUUGACUGUUGACGAGACGCUUCCUGUUGCCGGGGAGGUUUUCUGUCCCCAGUUUGUACAACACGUCAGUGAGCUGUCCUGUCGCUGGCAGGGAUUCUACGACACGGAGAGCAACAUUCAGUACUACAUGUUUGGUGUGGGGACAGCUGAGGGAGAUGACUCCGUCUUUAACUUCACACAGAUCCCCAGUCAUCAGACGCACUACAGUCCAUCAGGGAUUACCGUUACACACAAAGCAACAUAUUACGUCACUGUUGUUGGCUAUAACGCUGUUGAGGACUUCCAAGCGGCAUAUUCUGCACCAAUCGUGGUCGACACCUCUCCACCAAUAGCCGGCCGGGUUAUAGAACUUAGUCGAGAUGAAAAAGUGAACGAAACCAGCAAAGAUGGUGAACGCGUCAUUACUUGCACGUCAAAACAAGAAUGUGAUACCCUUGAUGUGAAGUGUCAGAAGUCACUUACACAAGUCGCUGUGGCAUGGGAACCCUUCCGUGACCCUGAAAGUCCAAUCGCACGGUACGAAGUAGCGCUUGGUACAAGUGCCGGUGGGGGCCAACUACAAGACUUUACAGCAGUCAACACGGGAGACAACUUUGUGGUCAUAACCGGUCUGGAUCUGUCAGAUAUCCGACAGGUCUUUGCUACAGUCCGUGGAACUAACGCUGCGGGUAUGUCCACUGUCGCCAUAUCAAACGGUGUCUACAUCAGCCGUGUGAGCUCCGGACUGCCGCCUCUGGGAGAGAUUCUGGUUUGGGAUGGAGAAUUUUCCACUAAGGAUCUGGAUUAUCAAGACCACAAUGAGGAGCUUUCAGCCCACUGGGACUUCAGCGGAGACCCGUGCCCCAUCUCUCAGUACGAGUGGAGCAUUCUUAAGGUGGAUGGUACCGUCAUGCAGCCUUUUACUGUCGUUCCUCAAGGACAAACAUCUGGCAACAACAACGAACUGCAUAUGCAAGACGGAGAAACGUUUUUCGUUGCUGUAAGAGCUACAAACGAAAUGGACUUUACCUACACAGUCAGGUCAGACGGCAUCACGGUUACACUAGAACCGCUCAUCCCCGGGCAGGUUCGUGAUGGAGGCAUUGUCGGGUAUGACCUCAACCUCCAACCAUCCAUCACCACAUUGUCUUCAAACUGGGACAGCUUUGGCGACAGGAGGCAGCUAGGGCACAUUGAUGCAGAUAAAGAGCAAACAGUCGAGUACUAUGAAGUAGCUCUUGGGACAGACCGGCGCUUCCCCAGAACCAGGAACAACGUGCGUCCUUUUAUCAAUGUGGGGCUGAACCGGACGCACACGUUUGAAUACUUACAGCUAAUCCCAAGGGAAGCCACGUACUACAUCACCGUCAGAGCUCACAGCGUGUCCACGUCUGUAGCGGAGGUGACUUCUAACGGGAUACAGGUGGGAUAUGGUGGGCAGGUCCUAUCCGUGGGACACGUGGACAUCAAAAGGUUCAUCCCUUCUACCGAAGAAAUGUCCUUUUCCUGGGAGGGAUUCGCUUUCGCCCUGCCAAUAUUGUACAGCGAGUGGGGAAUCGGGAUGUUGGGUGCAAAUUUAACACAGCUAGACUGCAACAAACUGCAAACCUGCCAGAUUACAGAGACUGAAGAAUGCGCCGAUCUCAUGAACAAGUUCAACGUCCAUCCACUUACCAACGCAGGGAAGGAUACAGCAGUGGAGGUUGGAGGCCUCGAGCUGACCCACAAUCAAACAUACACAGUGGUUGUCAUAGUAACGGACCAGUCUGCGGUGUGUUCGCUUACGUCAUCACUUGUAACUGUGGACAUCACGCCACCUGUCGAUGGAAGUGUUUGGGUAGGCGCGUUUAAAGACGAGCCUGUCUCCUACACAGGCAGGACAGACGAGCUGCAUGUCUCCUGCGACUUCUCUGACCCUGAGAGCGGCAUUGAUCAUUUCGAGAUCGCCGUGUUCUCUGGUGCAGUCUGUUCAGUAAAUACUAAUGAAAGACUCCAAGUCACGGACUUUGUAUCAGUACUGUUCAAUGACACCGAAUACACUGUGACAGACAUCUCACUUGAGCCCGGUAUCCCGUACUUUGUGAGGCUGCGUGCCUUUAACAAGGCCGGUCUGUCAAUCAUGACAGAGUCUCCGCCCAUCCUGCUGGAUUUGGAGGAUCCGAUUGGUGGAACGGUGAAAGAUGGGCGGGACUUCAGUUCAGAUGUCACUCAUCAAAGUUCAACAACCACCAUGGAAGGAACGUUUAUCUACCUGCCAAACUCCGGUGGUGAUAAGUGUCCUGCACGUCAGUACCUGAUGCACAGCGAGGAGGCUGGAUGGAGUCCUGUCUCCUCACACUCUAUCUAUGGCCUGCAACGUGACCACAGGGUAUCUUUCACUGAAGAUGAGUUAACAUUUGGAGAAGACGGUUUGUCCAUCAGCAUGUGGAGGGAUGUACAACAGACGAGGAUGUACUCAGGUGCGUACUCCACCCGGGCAGACAUGCAGGGAGGCGGCUCCUACACGUUCGACAUGAUCGCUGCCAGCGGGGACAUCAAAGCCGUCAGCAGUGUUGUGUUCUGGGACGGCCCGGCAGGUGUGGUGGGAGACCUGGAGGCUCCAGUAGAGCAGUGGGCUCGGGAGGAAGCAGCGACAGAACCUCCAGAUUGUACAUGUUGUUUUAGCAACAACACUGGGAACUUGGCAAACUACACUGAGAUCCCAACAAACAACACAGAAACCCUGUCCAACUCAACCACAGGUGUACGUGAUGAAUGUCUGUGCAACUGUACUCACUAUCAACUUGGAGGCACUACAGUCAUUGCAACGUCUGCACCGCCCAUGACUACAUUAGACUACGAGUCAGUUGUUGAGGAUAACAUACCUCCUAUUAGUGAUCACGCUGAGAGACAAGUGGCAUCUAGAGGUUGUGGACUUCAAAUUCACCCAGGUAUUGCAGCUGGAGGUGUUGUUGGACAUUAUGCCCUGCUGUGGUGCCGAUUUGCCAACGACAUGGUUGAACCACUUCACGAGAUGAUCACUCUAGACUUCGACCCGACAAACGGCUGGCACACCUAUGAGUUAAAGAUCACUAUAGAGAGGACCUUUGCUGUUGGGGAGGAUUGGAGCAUGGAGCUCAUCAUUGAUGGCACGUCGCUCGCCAUCAUGAACGGCAUCCCGGUGUUCAGCGAACACGCCCAGCUAACCCUGUCCGUCUGGAACCGUGAGGAUUUUGUACCUGAAUUUCAAGACGUCUUUGACACUCCGAAAGCUACUGCAUUCUUCAGACACGUGCGGUUCCCACCAAGCACAGACAACCCGUGUCGUUACGGAGACCCAUUCCGUCCGGGAGACAACAGUGUGUCGGUCUUCUACGCAGGAGUGGGGACAGAAAAGAUGAAGGAUGAUGUUGCACCUUUUCGCGAAGUCGCCCGUCCCACGUGCGUGCCCUGUGUUAACCCAUGUGACAAAUUUAACUGUGACCCGGACUGUUCCACCAUGAACACACCAGCCUUCAACGUCAGGAUAGACGACCUGACUCUCAGUCCUAAUGUCAGCUUCAAGCAGCUGGACGGGAUGAACCUUACAGACGUUCCUGCAGUCUACUACAUAACAGUCAAGGCUGUAUCAGGAUCGGGUCGUGUUGCUUUGUCGUCCUCCAAUGGCGUGAGCAUAGAUGUGACACCUCCAGAUAUCCAGGACAUAUACCACGUGGACAUGUCCUGGGAUGAUGAGGAAAUUAGCCAGUUCCAGGGAAGCAACAGUACCAUCGCCGUUAGAUACACUGCCUUCGACGAAGAAAGUCAGGUGGUGGAGUAUUUUUGGGCAAUAGGAACGGCUCCACGGAAAACCGACGUCCAGGCUUUUAUAUCCAACGGACUGAAGGACAUUGCAGUGAACUCUGACCUUGAAGGUUUACUACGUCACGGAUCAACAUAUUACGUCACCCUGAGGGCUGUAAAUGGGGCAGGGUUACAAUCUACGGUGACGUCACCAGGCGUAAAAGUCCUCUAUGGAUCCCCAGACGUUUCCCACACCAACACAACAGUUCUGGUCGGUGAAGAGUUCCCAGAUGAUGUGUACAGUGAUGACACGGUCAGGGUCACUGACCUCACCUGUGCAGGGUUCUCCUGGGAGAGCCCGCGGGAAGAGGAGGGGAUCACAGCGACAUUCUUCAGUUUGAGCAGUGACGCAAAUAGGCUGGGUGACGUCAUUCCGCCCACCCGUGUCGGGGGCGGGGCCGCUGGCUCCGUCAUCAUCGUGAACGGAACCAUUCAGACACAUGGGAGGGUUUCUAACAUAUCUGACUUACAACGGAAUAGUCAGGAGGAAAUGGCGUCCAGUGAAUUCCACAUGGAGCCUGGGAGAAAGCUGUACCCCACACUUCGUGCCUGUAACGGUGCCCACCAGUGUACAGACGUCAAUGUGAAGAAUAUUGUCUACAUCCGGCCACGCGAUCGACUUGGUACCUCCCAUCAUGGUGAGAGGGCAGAGAUUGUCCUGAACACACCAACUUCUGAGACCAUCACUAUCAGGACAACACAAGGACUGAGAAACGGAACUACCUUGGUGGCAGGAGUAUUGACAGAUGAGGAUGUUUCCUCUGAAUAUACGUCCGACGCGUCUGUCAACUUCAAGUCCUUUAUUGCUGAUCCGGCUUUUACCAAAAGCUUUACCGAACGCUGGCUUUGGAACAGAGUGAAACAUUGGUUUGGCGUGAAUUUUGUCCUCACCACACUGGGGAAUGAGAGGAUUCCAGGUCCCAUCAACAUCACUGUGUCAUUAAUUAACACAACACUGAUAGACCAGGAAUGGGAACCGCGACUGCUCUACUGGAACUUGGAAAAACAAGAAUGGCAGGAUGCACAGAGGGGAUGUGGCACAGAGGAGAAUAUACAAACCAUCGUUGAUUGGUCAGACCAUUACCAAACUUUCCAGGUGUGCGGGGUGAAUGGCUACAACAACGAAAUGACUUCCGGGCAGGCCCGCGUGAAAAGAAGUGUAGAAGACAUUGAACAAGUCUCCCAGGGCCCACCACACUUCCAAGGAUCGGAACACUUCCAGGGACCAGCACAUUUCACUCUCGUCGCUGUAGAGAAGAACUUCCUGAACUCCCGGCCUGUCAUCGUCUCUCACAGCCGCGUGCAGGCACGGGAAGAUGAGGAGAAGGUCAUCUGGAUCAGAUAUUUCGAUCUAGACGGGGAUCGCCUUUCCUUUUCCAUCUCCGUUCCACCCCAAUUUGGAAGGGCCCGACUCCAAGAAGGGAAGGAAUACGCAGUCGUGUACUACAGCCCUUUUCUGGACUAUUACGGCACAGACAAGCUAAACAUCACAACUGUAGAGACGCUACCAAACAACCUGAACCCGCACAGCAUCAACAUGGAGCUGGUGGUGGAGGUGGAGCCCCGUAAUGACGACCCGGUCCUGUUUGUCCUAGUUGAGGAUAACCCCGCCUUAAUAGUCCCGACUAAACGUGUAGACAUGAUGGUUGAGGUAAACCGUGUGUCCAACGUGUACUACCGGGACCUCGUGGUCAUCGUGGGAGCAUACGAUGUUGAAACAGCCGACACAUUGACUCUGGACUUCAGUGUAGAAAGUAACGACACCAUGUCAACAUCACAGCAGAAACAACAAGUGGACUUUCUAAGUUUCAAAGCCUGUAGCAGCAACACUACGUGGUAUUCUGUAGUCCGAGAACACGUGGAGAACAGUACAUCAGGACCUCUACAGCUGGAUCCGUGUGACAUCCAGGCCCCACAUCCGCUACAAGACAUGGCUUGGGUAUUCACAACCCUCACCUACAGGCCACAUGAAAACUUCACAGGUAAGGAUGUGAUCCAGAUCAACGCUAAGGACCAACAUGGCGGCCUGUCCCGAGUGGUGACCCUUGACCUCUAUGUUUUGGAGAACCUGUGCCAACAUGGCGGAGAGUGUGUCGGUGACGUCACUGAUCCUAACUGUACAUCAAAGAACAGGACCAAAGGGUUUGAUGGGUACUGGUGUAACUGUACGAGCGCGCCCGGCUGGUCAGGCAGACUGUGUGAGACCGACAUUAACGAAUGUCUGUCAAUUCCAUGUCCCAGCAAUUACACGUGUAUUGACCAGGUGAACGGUUAUGUCUGUGAGUGUGGAAACAACAGCUGGCCAUGUGCGGGGGGGCUGAAGGUCUGGCAGAUCUGUCUGAUCGUGUUGGCAGCUGUUUCCCUGCUGGUACUGGCAAUAGCGGUUUGGUGGAAGUGGAAGAAGUCCAGCUACAGUUUUAAGAAAGCAGGUUCUAUGUUCCUGAGGGGGCCAAGGGUGUCUCCAGCUCCAUCAUCGGUUGAAGUGAAACCAGCUUGGGGCAACAAUGACGCUGAGGGCCUGAAGCCAUCUGGACUGGACACUGAUCGCCCCGCCACAGGCACGGGACACCGCGCCUGGGAUGGUGAUAGCACUGUGGACAGACAGGCUGCCGCCUUACUCAACUGUGAGCAGAACCCAAAGCACAGUACCGAGCCACGUGACCGUCCCACAGACCUCCUUCCUGGGACCGUCACUGAGCUGAAGCCGCUACCGGGGAAACCGUCGCCCACCGACUUUUGAACAGUCAUCAAAUAACGACCAUCGUGCCUCUUCACGUUUAUCUCAACUUAGGUGCUUAUAGGCAUUUGCUUUUAGCUUUGGGUGGUUUGCAACGUGUUUAAAAAGGAUGAGUAGAGCGUUGAAUACCAACAGCUGUUAGAGUAUAAAAGUAUAAGAAAAUAGAACCCCUUAAUGAAGAUAAUUACAUUUUAGUACAUACCAUACCAGGUAUGGAUGAAAUAUGUUGUUUUCUCUCGCGUAUCGUCUCCUGUCAUUUCGUUAAAUGAAUUUCCUAAUUUUGGAACCAAAUGACCCCCAGCCGUCUUUUUGUUCAUUUUUAAAAAGGUUAAGAUUGUUCUACUUAGGGUUUUGCCAUUUUUAGGCAAAAAAUGCACAUUUUUUGGAGCCUUGGUAUGAAAUUCCUAAAUGGCCGGAAAAUUUGAAAAAAAAAAAAAAACUUUUGUCGUGUCAAUUAAGUUCUAUGAUAAACCUAAAUGACCUUAAAUUUGGUAUGGGGGUGCUUUGGACGCAAACUCACAGGACAUAAAUCACACGUUUAUGUUACGUAAAGAAAUACACGGGGGGGGGGUAUAAAACACUGAAAAGCAGUGUGGGGGUUUGGAGAGCAAUUGGAGGUAUUGAAACACAUGAUAUUGGAUGAAAAUCGUUAAUAUAGAAUAGUCCAUUUUGGAAUAGUAUUUUAGAAUAAUAUGUACAAGGUCUCUUAAAAGGUUUAGUCCACAUACAUAUAUCAAUACUCAGUAUAUGAAUUCAUAAUUUUUUUUCAAAUCCCCUUUAAUCAUGGUGAAUGUUUGUUAAAUGCAAUUGUUCUGUUAUCUUAUGUUCUUUUUUCGCUUUGCCAGCAAAUAAAAAGGUA